AUGGUGGAUGCAACUACAUUUAGAUUUUUGAUAAGUCUGGCAGUAAGAGCACUUGAGGUGAAUAAAGAUCAUUUCCGUCUUCGGGAAGAUAAUGAAGAUUUUCUUGGUCCUGAAGUAUCAUACUUAAGUGCAAUUGGGGCAUUGAUGUAUCUUACUAGUCAUAGCCGACCUGAUAUUUCAUUUUCUGUAAAUUUGUUAGCAAGAUUUAGCUCAUGCCCAACUCGAAGACAUUGGAAUGGUGUUAAACAAGUACUUCAUUAUCUCCAAGGCAGAAAGGAAAUGGGUUUGUUUUUCGCUUAUCAAUUCCAAAAAGAUUUAAUUGGUUUUGCAGAUGCAGGUUUUAUGUCUGAUCCUCAUAAUGGUAAUUCACAAACUGGAUAUGUGUUUACCUAUGGUGGUACAUCCAUCUCUUGGCGCUCCAUGAAACAAACUAUUGUGGCUACCUCUUCUAAUCAUUCAGAAAUAUUGGCAAUCCAUGAAGCAAGCUAG